GUGUUGUCCUGCAGAGGUGGUACAGCCCACGCUGGUCGGUCGCUAUGGAGAGCAGCUCAGCCACAGAGAGAGCAGGGACGAGCGAGGAGGACGGACGGGAGAGAGCCGAGGAGGACAGACAGACAGACAGACGGUAACCAUGGAGAAAAGAUCACCGCUCCUCAGGACUUGUCCAUCUAACGGACUGCGGCUUUUAACGUCACUUCUCACCUUUUACGGACUUACCUCAGGUGUGAGCAGUAACCAGGUGGUUGUUCCUGAGAAUGUAAACGCGGUGCUGGGGAAGAACAUCACACUGAGCUGCAGAAUAGAAGUGGGCCCUAACCUCAGUCUCACACAGAGCUCAUGGGAACGUCGUCUUCCUUCAGGCACCAUUACCUUGGCAGUGUUCAACCCCGAGUUUGGGAUCUCCAUCUCCCAAGAGUACGCCAAACGCAUCUCGUUUGUUUCCCCUUCUGUACGAGAUGCAACCAUUACCAUUGGAGGAGCUAGCUUUGCAGAUAUCGGGUUCUACAUCUGCAAAGUCGCAACAUUUCCUCUGGGCAACACACAAGCAUCAACCUCGGUGAAUGUGUUAGUGGAGCCAAAAGUCUACGUGUCCGCCGGCCCCACAGCUCUGCUGGACGGCGGGAAUGAGUCACUGGUGGCCACCUGCAUAGCGGAGCGUGGCCGUCCUGCUGCUGAGGUUUUCUGGGAGACGGAGCUGUAUGGACGAAGUGAGAAACAAAGUCAGGAUGAGCCCAAUGGCACCAGCACCACACAUGUGCACUACAUGUGGCAACCGCAGAGCUACGCCCAGGGGAAGACGCUCACCUGUGUGGUUCGCCAUCCGGCCCUGCAAACAGAGUUCCGCAUACCUUACAUACUAAAUGUUCAGUUUGCACCAGUGGUAUCGAUAAUAGGAGUUGACAAAAAUUGGCACGUGGGUCAAGAGAAUGUGAGGUUCACCUGUGGUGCCAAAGCCAACCCACCUGCCAGUCAGUUCACAUGGACCAGGUUGGAUGGAUUGAUGCCUGAGGGUGUUGAGAUCUCAAACAAUAGCUUUGCUUUCACCCGCCCAUUGGAGCGCAAUGACUCUGGAGUAUACCGCUGUGACGUGAAUAACGACAUCGGUUCCCACAGUCAAGAUGUAAACCUCUGGGUACAAGAUCCUCCCCCAACCACGGCGGCCCCCAGCACCACUGCAUCCCUCUUCCACGACACCUCUGGAACCGGCACUGCCAUGGAGAGGGGAGGCCUGUUCACCUCCCCGACGCUGGCCUCCUUACCUGACAGCAGCCUGGGUACUAUAGUUGGCGGUGCUGUAGGCGGAGUUUUAUUCCUGAUUCUCCUGCUGAUCCUCGGCGGGGCCUGCUUCAUGCGACAGCGCCGGACCUUCAGAGGAGACUACUACACCAAACAGUACCUGGGACCCUCCGACAUGCAGAAGGAGUCUCAGCUGGACGUCCUGCAGCCGCACGAGCUGCAGGAGGUCUACGGAGACAAGACGAGCAAAGGCAGCCAGGAGCUGAAACCCAAACUGGGGGGAGACAUAAUUUACCCCGACUACACCCCUGAACGCAAGGAUAGGGAUGACUGGGCCGACAGGGGGGAUGGCCACAGGGGUCUCAAGGAGGGAAACUACUACCCAGAUCACUACAACACCCAAAACAUGCACCCCUGCGGGCCUCCUGUGCACAGCCCCAUAGUGAACAACGGCUCCCCCUACCUGCCGGAGGACUGUUAUGACAAUGGUACAGACAGCGACUAUGUGUCCCACAUGGACGGAUCUGUGAUCUCACGCAGAGAGUGGUAUGUUUGAGAAAAGGAGCAAAAAAACAAACAAAAAAUGGACAAAUGACUGAGAAUAAUUUAACAAAUGACAGAUAUAAAUAUCAUUAAAGGGUGUGUCAUUUCAGUUAAAGGAGGAAUACAAUCUCAGCUCAGUUUCACAGUGAGCUCUCUGAACAAUACUGCUCUGCCUUGAUUGUAACCACUUAACCUUAAGGACGUGUAUGUGGAUUGUAUUACACUUUUGUAGCAUUUCGAGGAGCUACAGAAAAGCUGGAAUGCCUCACUGAUAUUAUCUGUGCAGGCUUAAGGGGCUUUGGCUUACAGUGAAGUUUCGACUGAUGUGAAUGAGGUUUUGUAUUUUGCUUGUUUGUGUUUGCACCUGUCUUUAACAAAGGUCACAGGUCAGGUUUUCAGACUCUUGUUAGUAAAGUAUUUAUAUCCCUGACUGGCUGAGUUCUGCUCCCAUAAAACCUCACAACUUCUGUGGCAUUUUGAAAAAAAUGGUCUCUUGAUUGCACAGCGUUUUCAUACAGGUGAAGUGUUUAUCAUGGCUACAAUCAGUAUUUAAAGCAAAUGAUAUUGCAUGAUUUUUUAAAAACAAAACAAAAUGUAUCAUCAAGCUAAAGGGAAAGUCAGUCACGUGAUUUAAAAGGGAGAAUUACACAGACAUUGUACUGAGGGAAAAGCAAGCUGGCUGACAGUAGUACAUUACAAAAAAAACACUGCCCCUUGUAAACCUCUGUUUGAGUUCUACAGUGGUUUUUGCAAACUUUAAGUAUCAUCUGUAAAUUAUUCAUGAAAUGGAAAGCCUGUGAUCUGAGAGUAAAGAUGAGAUGACAGCAGAGUAAAAGAGGUCUCUCCCUGUGGAAGUACUUAUACUUUCAGCUUCAGUCCAGCUUUACAGAUAUCUCUGUUCCUACAGUUGUUAUCCUUAAGAUUUCAGUCCUGGUUGAUGUGGCUUAAUACUGCAGCAAACUCUCCCUGAACAGCUUUUUUGUUAGAAAUACAAGUGGAGCAACUGGUCUAUCUGUGUACAGUGCAACCAUACAAACUGGCGAAUAAAGAAAGUCAGUCAUUAAUAAUUGCGACCACGAUCUGAUUAAUGCGGCACGCGGCAUGAGUAGGUUUGCACACAACAGCAGGGUACAGUAAAGCUGGUUAGCUUGCUGUGGAGUUGGAGGUGUUGGAGGUGUGCUGCCUGUCACCUGCACCUCCAAACACCUCAUUGAUUGCUGCUCCUUCUUGCUCCAUAACUGGCCAUCUACACUAACCACAGCGACAAAUACUUUACAUUUUUUGCGGGUGCCAGUUGAAUGCUUUUAACGUGAAACAGCGGCAGUGGGAAACAUUCGGUUUGCAUUAGCAGUAACGUAAUACAGCUCUGACACAGUGUAAAAGAAUGCUAACAGUAAACAGUGAGCCUGAUAUCAAGAUAAAAUGCGCUGGAGUACAUGCAUGCAUUGUUUAAUUUGAAUCCCUGUUCAGUAAGGCAAUCAGAUUCUAGUGUGGGAAUGGCAGACUCCGCCACUCCCAUUAAAAUCUAUAAAGAUAAACUGAAUGUGAAUAAUUUAAAUGACUACAGUUGACCUUAGAUGCUAUGAAAAAUGGGUUUAUUGACUUAAAAAACUUAGAAAAAUCUUAAGGAUUAUAACUUUAACCAAACACACUAUUAUCAUUAUUGAAAGUGUUAAUCCAGUCACUUUCUUGCAGUGAAAAAGCACAACUCUGUUAUUACAGUUGUCAGAACACAUCAAAGGCAGCCAACCAGGCCUUGGCCUUCUCCACUUAGCCAUGAUAACAGGCUGCAUUGCUGUCUUUUCCAUUUUCCCUCCUCUGUAUCCUCUGAUUUCUGUCUGCACGACUAACACCAAUUAGUCAUUAUAUUUUUUUAUUUUAAAACGUGGGAUCAAAGUAAUGUGUUAUAAAUACCAGAUGUAACUAUCACAGCUGUCAUCAUCUGACGUGAUGUGGCUCCAUGAACCACCGGCGCUUUCACUGCUCCCGCUCGCCACUCUACCGCCGUGAUUCAUGAUGGUAAAUAAACAGAAUGCUUGUUGAAAAAGAGGUCAAAGAGCUCAGAGAAGGGAGCGGUAAUAAAGUGAUCCCUCAGCUUUAGUUUGUAUGUGAUUGAAGUAUGAUUGCGCGAAUACCUCACAGAAGAGUUGGAAACACUGUGAGCGACUGACAUCACUGCUGAGCGCAGAACAGGCUAUAAUGUUGGGGUUUGGCUCCUUAGCAGCUCCUCUAGGAUAUACAGCGAUCAUGGAAAGUAGAAAUUUAAUCCAUGAGUGAAAAAAUCGGUUUAAGAACCAUCUAGGUUAGAGCUGUCUGUGUAAUGGCUCCCCAAGGGAUAUAUAUUUUUCCUACAAACAACAAACCCAGUGACAUUAAGUUGUAACAAAAGAGUUGACAUCAUCAGUGAUCUCAUCUCUCACUGCUUGAUUUGACCUUACACUUUUCCACUUAGUGCUUCUUUUUUUUUCGUUUCCUCGGGAAUGAUACAUGGAUCAAAGAGGCCUCUGCAAAGCUUCACAUGAAAGUGAAAGCAUACCCCUUUUUGGAAAGAUCCCCAUUUAGUCAAUCAGGGUGUUUGUUGCUAGAAGAAGGAACCAUAUAUGUGUGUUACAGUCAGAUCAGGACUUGGGGUUGGAUAUAUUUUUUUUUUAUUGGGGUUUUAAUAGAUUGUGGGUGGACAGUUUCUCUCUCUUUUUUUGUUUAACCCUUCUCCACCCUCACUUUCUCAUGCCAGGGCUUUGGUCGAAGGUUUAGAUGUCUGAGAAUAAACUACUUUAAUGUCGCUCUCACUCUCAUCGUCGAACACACGCACCCAGCCGCCACACAUCUGCCACUGCAGCCCACAUUCAAAGAGCGGUCCUCGCCUCAAACCGGGAGCUUUUUAAUCAACUGUUUCUUUCUCAUCGCACUUGGCAAGUAAAGUGCUUCAACUCGUUGAUAUAUAGCACAUCCGUGUCUGCAUGCACGCACAUCUUUUUCUUUUAAACGUCUGAUUCAUUGCUGUCAACUUGUUUCUUAUUUGGUAAAGUUGCUCAAUGCAAACUGCUGUCUCUGCUCCAAAAAUUUUCUUUUUUUUGUUUUGUUUCUGCUUCAUCUCUAAAGACUGUUUGACAAACGCAAAAUGAGCUGAAGUGAUGAAUGUUUUUGUAAAGUUCAGCUUUGGUCACUCACCACUCACUUUGCAUGUAAAUUAAGUUAUUUGCUACCUACCAGGUUCAUUAUUUCUCAUCACCAGUGUUUAUUUACAUGUACAUAAUGCUGAUAGGGUUAGCGUAGGAUUAGCCGUUUGAUUUAUGUGUUCAUGUACAGUUUGUUCUGGACUCCCCUACUGAAUAGUUGGUGCCUUAGAUGGGCAGAGCAAUGCACAGAAACUUUGAAAAGUGACAAUUACUGAAAGCAUUAAUAUAAAGGGUAUUAAUAUCAUUAAAGAGGAGGACUGACUGGUCCAUAAUAAUGUCUUCCAUCUGGAUAUUUAAGAUUUGCUGUUACUGAAACAUCAGAUUAGACAAAAGGUUGAUUGUCAUUGCCUUAUACACUUUGAAAGGACACAUGUAACAAGUUGGUUACUGAGAAAAUUGUAAUAAGUAAAGUUUCACUGGGAAUUUAGGCAAGCCAGAUUCAUUGAAAAUAUUAUUGUCCUGUAAAUAUGCUGGCUGUUUUUUUUUUAUUAUUAUUGAAAAAAAAAAUCUUAUUUUUUGUAUGAGGUCUGUAAUUUUCACAGAGUAUUAGUUUAUCUUACGAGCGUUCGAGGAGCUCUUGUCUCAUGAUAACAUAGAGAACGAUGCUGUUUUCACUGCAUUUUAUAUUUGUUCUGGAGAGUUUCUGACCAAUUAUUUUGUAUGUUGUUCUUUGAAUGAUUGAUGUCUCGCAGGAAUCAGAGAUGAAAGUGCGGUAGAUUGUAUUUUGUUCCUUUGUUUGCAAUAAAAGUCCAUCAUUAUUGCA